AUGUUUAGAAACAUCAUCUCAUCGGUACAACAAAGAUUUGUUAGAAAUGGCCCAUCUUCUCAAGCGAGACAUCUGGCAGAACAAACAACUAAGAAAUUAGUCAAGGGUGCAGUCCUAAAAGAUUCAAAAGGUAGAAUCUCCAAACCGAUCGUUUGGAUUGAUUGUGAAAUGACAGGUUUAGAUCAUCAUAAUGAUCAUAUUAUUGAAAUUUGUUGUGUCAUUACAGAUGGUAAUUUAAAUAUUGUCGAUAAAGAAGAUAAUAAUUGUUAUGAAAGUGUUAUCCAUUGCGAUAAAUCUAUUAUGGAUAAAAUGGGUGAAUGGUGUAUUGAACAUCAUGGUGAAAGUGGAUUAACUGAAAAGGUACUAAAAAGUAAGAAGACAAAGGAACAAGUUGAAGAUGAAUUAUUAGAAUAUAUUAAAAAAUAUAUUCCUGAUGAAAAUGUUGGUAUAUUAGCAGGUAAUUCAAUUCAUAUGGAUAGACUCUUUAUGUUAAAAGAAUUUCCAAAAGUCAUUAAUCAUUUAUUUUAUAGAUUGAUUGAUGUUAGUACUAUAAUGGAAGUUGGUAGAAGAUUUAAUCCAGAAAUAGUUAAUGUUUUCCCAAAGAAGGAAACUGCCCAUACCGCAAAGAAGGAUAUCUUGGAGAGUAUUGCUCAAUUAGAAUGGUACAAUGAACAUUAUUUAAAGUCUCCAGAAGAGACAAAAGAUUUUGUAGCUUUAAGAAGAGAAGAAAUGAAGAAACAAGAAAGUCAAGAUAUUUUGAAUUCUCUUGAAAAGAAACGUCCUGCUGAAGAAUCUGAGGAAGAAACUGAUUCGAAGAAGAGAAAGACUGAAUCAGAAAAUUGA